CCCCGCGCCCGCAGCCUGAGCCGCACCCGCCGCGGACGGAGCCCAUGCGCGGGCCCAGCCGGCGCCCGCCCCGCCCCGGCCCCGGCCCCGGGGGCAGUCGCGCCAGUGAGCGGUGGGGCAGGAGCCCCCAAAGUGCCCAAAGUGGCAGCCCCUUGAGGAGCGAUGACGGAGUAUAAACUUGUGGUGGUGGGCGCUGGAGGCGUGGGGAAAAGUGCCCUAACUAUCCAGCUGAUCCAGAACCACUUUGUGGAUGAGUAUGACCCCACCAUAGAGGACUCAUACCGGAAGCAGGUGGUCAUUGAUGGGGAGACAUGCCUGCUGGACAUCUUGGACACAGCAGGCCAGGAGGAGUACAGUGCCAUGCGGGACCAGUAUAUGCGCACUGGGGAAGGCUUCCUCUGUGUGUUUGCCAUCAACAACACCAAGUCCUUCGAAGACAUCCAUCAGUACAGGGAGCAGAUCAAGAGGGUGAAGGACUCGGACGAUGUGCCAAUGGUGCUGGUUGGGAACAAGUGUGACCUGGCUGCGCGCACCGUAGAGUCUCGGCAGGCCCAGGACCUUGCCCGAAGCUACAGCAUCCCUUAUAUCGAGACUUCAGCCAAGACCCGGCAGGGCAGCCGCUCUGGCUCUGGCUCCAGCUCCGGGACCCUCUGGGACCCUCCCGGGACCCAUGUGACCCAGCGGCCCCCACGCUGGUGUGGAGGACGCCUUCUACACACUGGUGCGGGAAAUUCGGCAGCAUAAGCUCCGGAAGCUGAACCCUCCUGACGAGAGUGGCCCAGGCUGCAUGAGCUGCAAGUGUGUGCUGUCCUGACAACAGGCUCAGGCUCAGGCUCAAGACAUGGAGAUGCCGGAUGUGGGGAGGAGGUGCAGGCAGAAGGAAGGAAGGAAGAAGGAAGGAAGUGCUGCUGGAGCCCAGCCAGCCCAGGGACGGUGGACAGAGGUGACCAGGACCCUCAUGUGGAUGCUUUGCACAGACUGUCAUGAACUGUCCCCAAUGCCACUGGCACCCCAGCCUUGACCACCCCCUUCCAGCCCUCUCCGGGCCCCUGUCAAGCGCAGGUGGAGUCACAGUAAAUUAUUUGACGGUCAUGACUGGCCUCUGACUGGGGGUGGGAGGCCCAGUGCCUGUGGCCUUACAGGAGAUCCUGGGAACCUCAGCCGUGUCCGGUUGUUGGCUUUGCUGUAGUCUUUGUGAGGGGAGGCUGAAGAGGCCUGCUGGGUGGCCUGGGCUGUGCCACCCUUUCCUCCUGUCUGGCCCAGCUUCCUGCAGAGAGGUCUGUGCACUGCAAGAGCAGGCAGGUUGUAGCAAAAAGCAAUUUAUUGUCCUUUCACUAACUUGGGAGUCCUAGAGGCUAAGGGAGCACCCUUUGUCUCCAGGAGGGAGGCCUUUUUAGGGAAU